UAGAAAAAUAAUUAUUGUUCAUUCGGUAGACAAAUUGUGUAAAUUUUUUCAAUAGUACCUAAUGACUCGAUAUUGCUCUGUUUACAUUGUGUGUGCCGAAGGUUCAACGGCAAGAUUUGUGUAAAUAUUAUGGAAUGAGUUUUCAAUUAGUUUGAUAUAUUACGGAAACAUCAUUCGCCAACGAACUUUUAUCGGCACCGUACAAAGUGUCCACCUCAGAACUGCCCACGUCGAGUAAAAUACAAAUUCUAUCCGAGUCCGUCGUUCAAAGUAAGAUGGAAUCGAGUACUUUCUUCAAUUGUCCUGUUAGAGUAAAAGACGAACCUCGUGAUGAGCUUCUCAAUGAUAAUGAUUAUAAAAUAAUUGACACGACACCCGUCACUCAAAAUAUUAAAUACGAAAGGUUUUGGCAAGAAAAUGCAACCCAAGAGCUUCUUCAUGAAUAUGACGAAAAUCAUGAAAUUGAACUUGACGAUCUGGAAAUCGAAAUGGAAUGUACCGACAUGAAGCCCAAUUUAUUGGCGGUUGCGAAAAUUGAAGAUCAUUCUCCAAAUCAAUGGCUGAAUGGUAAUGAGUAUAAAACAGGAAGCAAAAUUAAAUUAGAAACUUUUGGGACAGUGAAGAAAGAAAUUUUAAGCGAAGAAGAAACUGAUUUGAAUUUCGGACGUGGACUCAGAGAGCAAAAUAAACAAGAAACUGUUUCAAAAGAGCUAAACAAUGAAAAUAGGCUCAAAAUUCACAAUGAUACUAGGCAUAAUAAAAUCACACAUGAUUGUAAUAUUUGCGGAAAAUCAUUCAAAUAUAAGAGUAAUCUCCAAACACACAUGGAUUCGGUGCAUCGUAAAAUUAGGCAUGCAUGCGAUACAUGCCAAAAGACAUUCUCAGACAGAAGUAAUCUCAGAAAUCACAUCAAUUCGGUGCACAAUCCAGUCCGACAUGCAUGUGAUAUAUGUCAAAAGACAUUCUCAGACAAGCGUUAUCUCAAAAAACACAUUAAUGCGAUACAUAAUGGUGAAUCACAUGUAUGUGAUAUUUGCGAAAAGACAUUCAUACAGAAAAGUCAUCUCAAAAUCCACAUCGAUGUGGUGCACCGUAAAAUCACUCAUCCAUGUGAUAAAUGCCAAAAGACAUUCUCAGAUAAGGGUUAUCUCAAAAAGCACAUCGAUUCGGAGCAUAAUGGUGUCCCUAAUGUGUGUGACAUUUGUGGGAAGACAUUCUCACAAAAAAGUAAUCUCAAAACUCACAUUAAAUCGAUACAUCAUAAAAUUACGCAUCCAUGUGAUGAAUGCCAAAAGACAUUUUCAGACAAGUAUUAUCUUAUAAUCCACAUCGAUGCCGUGCAUAAUGGUGUCCCAUAUGCGUGUGACAUUUGUGGGAAGACAUUCUCACAAAAAAGUAAUCUCAAAACUCACAUCGAAUCGAUACAUCAUAAAAUUACGCAUCCAUGUGAUAUGUGCACAAAGAAAUUUACUACGAAAAGUAUUCUUAAAGCCCAUAUCGAUGCGGAGCACAAUGGAAUCACACACGCAUGUGAUUUCUGCGAAAAAAAAUUUAAAUAUAAAACUCAUCUCAAAAGGCAUGUGAAAUCGUCGCAUAAUGUUAUAACCCAUUCAUGCGGGACAUGCGGAAAGACAUUCAGACAAAAAAGAAAUCUUAAAGCUCACAUCGACGUGGCGCAUAAUUCGCCCAUCAAAACCUAACAUAUAUAUUAAAUUUAUGUUCAAUGAUGAC